UCGAUCGAGCCGGGGCAGCUGGAUAGUGCUGGCUCCCGGAGCGAGGCAGUCCUAAAGACGCCGCCAUCGGUCAUUUGUAAAAAUAAAGGGGUACAGACAGUAAAAUGCCUUUCUUUGUUUAAUAGAGAGACCCAGACUGUGAACAAGCCCCAGAUGAAACAGGAGACCUCUAAAUUAAACAAGUUGGAAAAGGGCCAUAAGAGCACAAAGGCAGCCGGUGAAUUCUCCUCAGCGGAGAAGGGGGUGGCGCCAGAAGUACCCAGGUUUACACGGGAGUGUCAGCUGUAUCAUCAGGGCCCGGCCUUUGGAUCUCCUUGGGGGAAGAUGUCCCGUGUGGGACAAGACGUGCAAAACUUUGGUUUUCAGCUGGGGGAGGAAUACUGUGAGAUGUGGACGGCUUGUCAUCCCGGCCAAAAACCCCAGGCCGCCAGAUGGAGCCCUCCCUUCAGUAUGGAGGUGCCCCGAAGAACAGCAGGGAGCCAUGGGACAUGUAGAUUUUAUACAAGACCCUGCUGGAUACCACAGGGGCCGCAAGAGGGAGCUGCAGGGAGGACCGAAGACUUCUUUGUGCCAUUUAACCUGGAAGUUCGUCAAAGGAAGAGCGAAAACGAAAGAGCGAGAGCAAAAGAACUUUUAGAAGGAUCACAUGGACUGGGGAUUGAGAACACUUCCGGGUCAGGGUAUUUAAAAGGACUACAGGAGCACCCAGACGGCGAGGUGAGCUGGGCUGUCACCUUCCAGGCUUACCUAAGCAUUCUUGUUAAUGCAGACUUAGACAGUGUUAUGCUGGAGCAGAAGCAGAGUAAGUGGCUAUGCAGCACACAAGAGUAA